CUGCUUUCGCAAUAGGUCACGUGGUCUUUUUUUCCCUUUCAAAAGGCUCCGCCCUGCAAGUGCACAGGCACCAUUUUGUUUUAUUCAUCUUUGCAGUCGACGGUUGUAGAGAUAGACUUAAAACAAAAUAAGUAAUAGCUGUGUGAUUCACUAACGUUGAUUAAACGAAACUUUCAGCAUGAGCGGAUGUCGUAUAUUCAUCGGCCGCCUGAGCCCGUCGGCCAGAGAGAAGGAUGUGGAGAGGUUUUUCAAAGGAUACGGCCGCAUUCGGGACAUUGACCUAAAGAGAGGCUUCGGCUUCGUGGAGUUUGACGAUCCCAGAGAUGCUGAAGAUGCUGUUUAUGAACUCGAUGGAAAAGAGCUGUGCAAUGAAAGAGUCACCAUUGAACAUGCUCGUGUGCGCCUGCGGGGCAGCCGUGGACGAGGAGGUGGCGGUGGAGGAGGGCGCUUCUCUGACCGCUAUGGAAGAGGUUCCCAGAACAGUCGGAGCCGAAACCCUCCUCCAAUGCGCACCGAGAACCGUCUGAUUGUGGAGAACUUGUCCUCCCGUGUGAGCUGGCAGGACCUGAAAGAUUUCAUGAGACAAGCUGGAGAGGUGACAUUCGCAGACGCACAUCGCCCCAAACUCAAUGAAGGGGUGGUUGAGUUUGCCUCUCACAGUGAUCUGAAAAAUGCUAUGGAAAAACUUUCUGGAAAGGAAAUCAAUGGAAGGAAAAUCAAACUCAUUGAAGCUGCCAAAAAGAGGUCAAGAAGCCGUUCCCGCUCGGACAGCUCUUCCCGCUCUCGCUCCCGUUCCCGCGGUCGCUCCCAGUCCCGUGGCCGCUCACAGUCCCGCGGCCGCUCCCAGUCACGCUCUCCCAGACGUUCCCGAAGCCCCGCCAAGGCCCACCACCAUUCCCGCUCCCGUUCUCGUUCCCGCUCCCGUAGUGGCACACCUGCACGCGGCGCCUCAUCGCCAAGCCCCAAAUCCAAGGAGCCCAACAAGCGCUCAUCCAAGACUAGCAAAUCUGUAACUCCGUCCUCGCCUCCGCCGGCUCAGAGGGCCUCCAGAUCCCGUUCCCGGUCGAGAUCCCGUUCACGUUCCCGUUCUCGCUCCAGGUCUCCUCGUUCCCGCUCACCUCGCUCCCGCUCACCUUCUACUGACAGUCAACGCUAACUUGGUAAAAAUCCGCAGUAGAAGCAACUAGGAGGGGUUGGUUGAGGCAAACUCCCGUUGCCUCCUUUGAAUACGGAGAGAUGAAUUUUCUUCAAGCAAAUUUAGUUUUUGUUUGGAUUGUUCUUGUGACUGUCCUCAAGUUUUGUCUUUUUGUUUUUACCAACACAUUAACAGUGAUAAAGAAAUUCAUUUGAAUUUCUUUUUUUUCUUUACAAUUUUUUUGUUUUCUUUAUUAUCGAUUGGCAGAUUAUUUCCAGAAUGCUUUGUGUUGCCUCAGCUCUAGAAAUCGAUCCAUUCAAGAGUUAUGACUCAGCAGUUUAAUUGAUAAAAUAGUAAAAGGAGUUCCUAUAACAUCCAGGUUACAGAUCCUUAAAAAAAAAAAAAAAAAAAAAAUUUUAAAUGGCUUGAACUAUCGGACCCUGACUUUUUAUUCCCCUCUUUUUUUCUGCAUCAGUGGGAUAUUCACAUCCUGCCUCCUUGUGCAGGAUUUUCCUCCUUUCCCAUCCACCUGCAGCUGUCGAAGCUUGCACAAAACACGUGUUCAUGCUUCUGUUUUAAGGCAAUUAAACCUCAGAUUUGUGCUUAAAGCUGAAACACGAAUAGGCCUGGCAUUGGCAGCUUCCGUACCAUGCUCACAUCUGUACAGUUGGACAUUUCUCUGAUUAAAACCUGUAAAUUAACUUCAUGUAUGCUACAGUUUUAAUGGGUUCACUGUUUGAUAAUUUUGUACAGAGGCAAAACUUUUGAGGAAGAAGCUAACCGUUCAGUUGCACUCUGUAAGUGAUCAUGUUGCUUCCUAGGGUGAUGUUUCUUAAAUCAGGAGUUUAUGUACAUACAACAGCCUUCUGUUAAGUGUUAAAGUAUACAUGUUACCGCUAGGGUACCUUGGCAGAUGUUUUGUGGGUGAUGAACAGGUGAUCCGAGGGAAAGGUUUUGGGGUUUUUUGUACAUGAGGAUUUUUAUUUUCAGUGAACAUAGAUGUUUGUAUGGUGUAUUGAAAAUAGACUUGAUGAAUAAAACAAUUUUAUUAAACCCUGAA